UCGCGGGUGGCCGAUAGAGAGAGAGGGAGGAUGGAGUCGGGGGAGUGGCUGAAGAAGGCUUUGAUGGAGGUCUGUGAGAGGAUGGAGACUGGUUUGGAUCUGGAUGCGGAUCUCAUAUCGGGGCUCGUCUCCUUCUGCGAACUCGCGCCGCCGCCUGACGCCGCCGAAUACCUCAUGAAUAUCAUCGGUUCAGAGGUCGCUCAAGAUAUUAUUAAGGGAUAUUUGGAAAUAAGAGGCUAUGGUGAUUCUAACAGUAGUAAGUCAGAAGCUCAAACAUCGAUGUUUCAAGCCUAUGUGAAGCCCCCUGUUGAUGAAGGUCUUAUUGUUGGAAACAAGAAACAAAAUAGAAUACCAAAAGAAGGAUCCAUAAACAACAACCAGGACCAUAACAAAAUUCUACAAGAAAGUUCAGAUUCAAGAAACACUCAUGGAAACUCGAAUACCACUAAAAGAAAAAAGGCUGGAAAGGUGAUAUCUAUUGCCGAGGCUGCUAAAGGGUCUGUGGUUUUCCAGCAGGGAAAGCCAUGUACUUGCCAAGCUCGUCGUCACCAGCUUGUGAGCAAUUGCUUAUCCUGUGGUAAGAUAGUUUGUGAACAGGAAGGUGAAGGCCCAUGCAGCUUUUGUGGUGCACUUGUGCUGAGAGAAGGUAGCACAUAUGCUGGUUUGGAGAAUUUUUCAAUUCCAAUAUCAGAGACAGAAGCUACUGCUGAAGCAUAUGCGAAGAGACUUGUAGAGUAUGAUCGGAACUCUGCAGCUAGGACAAAAGUUAUAGAUGAUCAGAGUGACUAUUAUGAGAUUGAAGGAAAUAGUUGGCUAUCGGCACAGGAAAAGGAGCUCUUAAAGAAGAAGCAAAAAGAAACUGAAGAAGCUGAGGAAGCCCGGAGAGGAAAAGUUAUUGUGACAUUUGAUUUGGUUGGCCGCAAGGUGAUUUUGAACAAAGAUGAGGCUGCGGAAAUGGAGUCCGAGUACAGAAUACUUAGACCUGCAGAAGAAAGAGAACAAAACCGCAUAAAGCCGAAUCCUACUGUCAGAGUACAACCAGUAUUCGUUAAUACUGGACCCAAUAGGAAGCCUGACAAGAUGAAAUUAAAUGCCCUAACGGCUAAUGGUUUCUGCCUAGAGAAAAGUGGAAGGGUGCAGCAUGAUAGCAAUGAGUUGGGUCGUUUUGUUGGCAAUUAUUCAAGGAAUGAUACUUCAUUAGGACUAGCAGAUGAAGCUGAAUGUUCAGUAGAUUAUAACUGAGUUUUUUUUUCUCCUCCCGCUUGCAAAGAAAGAAAUUUAGCCUACAACUCAUAUUUAUGGAUGAUUUAAGUUAAGUUUACUUCUGCUGUUGAUGAAUGAAAUUAGUAUUUUGCAUCGUAACAUUGGUGGAUAAACAU